AUGGCUGGUCGCCAUUAUACGGACGAGGAACAGCUAAUAAAAGAGGAAGUAGAAACAUACGUCAAGCGCCUUCUGAUCCAUGUCGAACACUUGAAUUCCGUAUUCAAAUGUGAAAUAAUUCCGAGCGGUAGUUUCUAUGAGUACACCCGUGUUGGUUUUCCCAAUGAAUUCGAUUUUAUGAUUAAUCUCAUUUGUUUUGGAAGAAUAUGUGAAUUUCAACAACUCGAAGAGGAUCCAGCUGGCUUCGGUCGAUUACUCGUAACCAACGAUAAGGCACACAAAGAACUAGAGCAGUAUAUUGAACCGAUAACUCAAUGUUUAUCUUCCGAAAAGAUAAAAAAACGCUUUCAUCAACUGUUGACAUCAGCAAGAAGUCACGUAAUACGAAAAGAAUCAAUGAACUUGUUCAAAAAUUUGAAAAUGCAAUGGACAAGUGGAGACAAACGAUGUGGUACUGCUAUCCAUGCCGAAUGGUGCGGAUGUCAGUAUGCUCAUUUAACAAUCAAAAUUGAUGUGAUUCCAUGUAUCACUGUACCUGGAUGGCCGUCGUCAGCCAACAUUCCAUGUCCUGCAGGCAUUCUUAAUUUUCAUGUAAUUGCAAGAAGCACAAAAUUCAAUUCGACCUAUCUAUGGCGAAUAUCCACAACAACAGCGGAAGUCAACUUUUUUCAAAACGUAUCGUUGAAAGAAAAAAAAAUUGGCUACAUCGUCCUCAAAGCAAUAAGAAACUCAAUUUCCUAUCCACCUGUUACUGUUAAAGGAGUAACGUACGGUGUUGAGGAUUUAUUAACAUCCUACACGCUAAAAAUGGAGUAUUUUUACGAACUGAAUAAGCAUCCAAAUAAUCGUGACUGGAUAGGAGAAAAUUUUCCACAUCGUAUCAUGUCAAUAUUUAAACGAAUAUCUAAAGAUAUUAACUUGGUUUCGACUACUAAACGUUUACUUCGAAAAUUGUAA